CCCCAUCAGAGCCUUCUAAAUACGUCCUUCCGCAGCCUUCCCCCCUCUCGCUCCUUCCCUCCGCCAUCGUGUUCUGUGCAAUCUUCCCUUCCCUGCCAUGUCUUCUCACAAGACUUUCAGGAUCAAGCGAUUUCUAGCCAAGAAACAAAAACAGAACCGUCCCAUUCCCCAGUGGAUUCGGAUGAAAACUGGUAAUAAAAUCAGGUACAAUUCCAAGCGGAGACACUGGAGAAGAACCAAGCUGGGUCUGUAAGGAUUCGCACGGAGACGGCGCACAUAUUUAUGCUGUUGCUACCAGCAGUAUUGGCCAUGAAAAUGUCACUGUUGUGGACGUGUAAUAAAUAUGUGAGCUGUUGAACUGCU